AGAGUAAGAAAAACCGGAACCAGCAAGAGGAUAAGGGAAAGGAAACGUAAAGAAGAGGAGAAUGAGGUGACAGGAGACCAAGCGAUAGACGGAGGGGGGGAAGAGGGGAUGGAUGGAUGGAGAAAGCAAGACACACAGAUAGUAGUUAAGAUAGAGAGACACAGAGGAGACACACACACACACACACACGCGCGCGCGCACACACACACAGGGAGAGACACACACAAACAGUUGUGGGUGGUACAAAAAACAAAUAAGAAGGAGAAGAAAGAAAAAGAAGUGGAUGAUGGGAUGGAACAGCAGCAGCAGCUGGGCGAGAUGAGCCUGAGGAAGAGAAAAGCCCAGAAUCAGAAUCAGAAUCCGGGGGAUGCAAAGGACAAUCAAAUGAGCCCGAGUAAAAGAAACCGAAGGCGGACGGGCGGAUAGCAUGAGGCCAUGGCUUUUGAGAAUUAGAGAAUUACUGAUAGUAGUCUAGUCAGUUUACCAGGCUACUCAGAAGGGACUAAGCAGGUGGGGAUGGGAUAAAAGGCCGUGGUGAUGAUUGAAAGGGCAAAGCAGUGGGAAGUGGAAGUGGAACUAAGCAGCAGGCA